CCGAGUUGAUCACCGCGAGCUGGAACGGUUUGAGCCGUUGACGGUUUGACAGUUCGUCUCUGUGGUUAACUUCAUAAACGCACAAACUGUUUGGGGUCUACGCUGGUAUAAUUUUUUAAUUUAAGUAAUGAUUUUCUGCACGUCCCUGUGGCUCGUUAUCCAAGGCAGUUGCCGCCAUCUUUGCCAAGCAUCCGCCUCUUGAAGGGCAAGUGACACAACCAGCGAAGGGUGAAGGGAAUGGAACGGAGCAUCAAAGGAGACAAGGACGGCAGUUGCGAUGCUUUGCAGUGGAUGGCUGGAGAGAGCUUCACUUCUCAUUACUAUUUAUGACUCAGCUUGUGUGGAUGAACAGUGAACAUCGCAAAUUUUGGGGAUAACGUUAGUUUUCGUGAGCGUAUAGUUUAUGCGAUGGUAUAAUCAAUAUACACUCUUAAACAUAUACAAACAGUAUUCAACCAGUGUGACUACCAGUGUGUUUUGAGCUUUUCAUACCACCUCCGUGUAAACCAUCUGAAACCACACGUUGAAGCCGAUGAAACCAGAGUGAAACCUAUGCUUUCACUGCUGUAGACAAGGUUUCGCCGACGGGUCGACCAGUCGGGCAGACCCUGGACCGAGCCUCGUCGGGGUCGACCCGUCGGGGUCUUCCAAGGCGUUGGGAUCUUCGUGCAAAUGCUAGUGCCAAAGUCUCAGACAUCCUCAUCCUCCUCGCGCUCACCCAGUUGUAUGUGCAGCAGGUCAAGCAGAAACCGCUUCCUCCUUUCUACAACUCGCGAGAUCCGAGGCCCUACGCCCGACGAGAGCCAAAGAACAAGCUUUCGCAGCGCCUGGCGAAGGACGUGAGUGCCCAAAUCGGGAAGCUUGUCCAGAACGAGACGUCAGUUUUUAUUUGGCUUAGGGCCUCCAGUCUUCCAACCAUUGUCUUAAUCCUGGUUUCCGUGCUGCGGCUAUGCUUGCGAUGGCAAAAUGUUGCUCAAUGGCUCGUUCAUUCACAUUACUUUAUGGCAGGCAUCAUCCUGUCUACCUGGCUUUUGCAAGAAGCGCUGGAGCUGCGGCGACACACCCCUGCCCGGGCGAUGAUUCAAUCCAUGAUCGACCGGAUGGUCGCGCAUGAUCAAAAACACUUGCUGAAUGAGCUGCUUCAAGCCAUUGACGUGCCAACGCUGCUCUUGUGUGGCCCACGUACUUUGCAAGAGCGCUUAACAGAAGAUGCGCUAAAGAAACACCUGUUGGAGCCCUUCACGAAGGCGAUCUUGGUGAAUGGCUUACAGAAAGUGGGAAUCACUUCGUACCGCAGUCAAGCAGUCCGGCGUUUGGUGCUGAGCUGCCGGGGUGCUGAACUGACUGUGUUGAAGAGCGCGCUGGAUAGUACCGGCGACUACUUCAACUUGCACAAGCUGAUCUACCGGGAUUUGAGGGAACCCGUACGAAGCGAGUUGCUGGCACAUCUUCAGAAAGAAGCCGUGGACCUGCGGAUUGAUGGUCACUCUGUGGGUCUCAAGAUCCUCAGCGAUAUUGAUGACACAGUCGCCUGCAGUGGUGGAUCCUUUCCUGCUGGUCGGGACAAGAGAUUGCCCAAAAAGAUGAUCUACCCCGGCUUCGCAACGCUCUUGCGAGAGCUGGAUUCCAGCUUCACACCAUCGGAGCCAUGCUCCAACGUGGUGUUCUUAUCGGCCAGGCCUCACAUCUACAAAGACGUUUCUGAGCAGAGAACGUUCAGGAUGGUGCAGCAGCUUUUCCAGCAGCAGGUCCUGCACACGAUCCCCAGCAUGCUGGCUGGCUCCCUCGGGAUCGGUUUUGGUGCUCUUGUGAAGCUAUGCUUUUGCAACUCCAAUGCCUGGGAGGAGGUGGGGCGAUACAAGCACACGGUUUUCCAGCAGUAUACAUGUUUGUACCGAGAAUAUGAUUUCAUUUUUUGCGGUGACAAUGGCCAGGGAGAUCUGUUGGCAGGGCAAUUGAUGAUGCAGGGGCCGGAUGAAGACCGUCCAGUGGCCGUCCUGAUCCAUGAGGUAAUACCUUUGGCCAAGUCGCUGUCCUUGAGCUCAGAGGAGCUUGAUCCUUUGAAGCUGUCAGCUCAAGGCAUUCAUCUACAUAAGACAUAUGUUGGUGCUGCCUUGGCCUUGCAUCGUGCUGACCUCCUCAGCUUCAGUGUCCAGCAGCUGGCCAAUGUCGCGAGAUGUGCGCAGGACGAUUUCGACACUUCCCGGGUCAUGUAUCCAGAGUGGAUACACAAUUGGGAAAUGUUCGAAGACGCGCUGUCAGCAGAUUUGCGCACGGUUGGCCCUCUAUUACUUGCCGCAGGCUUACCGCCCUUAAGAUGCCUGGAAUGCACCAACACCUUGCUCAAGGAGGAGGAGCCGUUUUCAAGCAUCUUCCAAUUGGGCACGAAUAGCAGCGAUGAGGAGGAAUCGCAAGAAGCGCCGAUUUGCAGCUGCCAUCAUCACACCAGCUCAGAUAGCUCUGAUGAGGAGAUCCUUAGUCUGCAGCAUCGUUUGUG